UCGUCGUCGUCGGAGGCACAAGAGUCGCGUCGUCGUCGUUGGCACCUUCACUUGUACAGCUAUGCGCUAAAAGAGUGUACAAUAUCCCAGUAACUCCCACCCCCCCCCCCUGCCCUUCGGACCGUGUUUUCCCAUUGUUUGUUUUGUCGUGUGCAGCACCCUCACCUCCCAUCGUCCUCCGACAACCCUUGUGCGUAUAUACUCUUAAUUACCUAAGGCAAACAUAUCACUGUAUGGGCUGCUCCGUGUUCUCCCCAUGACGAGGGAUCGUCGGGAGAGUAAAAGGUACAAGUGGACACGAUGAGGGUCGUGUGUCGAAAAGUCGCUAGCAAUGGAGAGAGCGGGUGGUCGCAGCCGCCGGUAUAACACAAGUGUCUCGUCGCGGCGGCCGGUGUUGGGUGUUUAGAGGUUAUACACACAGGCAGCAACCGAGAGGUACUGGCCCGUGAGACAGAGUUGUGAGCAGUGGCGGUGAGUGCGUACCAUGGCCACGCCACCAGACUCGCCGGGGCCCGAGGACGUGCUGUUCGAGUUCGAGAGCGCCAGGGCUCGGCAGCAGACGCAUCGGCCCGUCGCCCUCGAGGAACUACUCAGGCAGACCAAGUUCUCCAGGCACGAGAUACGCGUCAUGUAUCGAGGAUUCAAGCAGGAGUGUCCCGAGGGCCUCGUUCACGAGGAAUCCUUCAAGGACAUCUACGCCAAGUUCUUCCCGCACGGCAACGCGGCUCCCUACGCCCAUUAUGUGUUCAAAGCGUUCGACGUCAACUGCAGCGGCGCCAUAAGCUUCAGGGACCUGCUGGUGACGCUGUCGACGUUGCUACGCGGUAGCAUAUACGAAAAGCUGCGCUGGACGUUCAAGCUGUACGACAUAAACGGGGACGGUUGCAUAACGCGGGGCGAGCUCGGCGAGGUGGUAACGGCCGUGCACGACUUGAUGGGCCGCAAGCACCGCGAGACCGAGGAGAGACAGGCGCGCGAGCAACUCGACAGGGUCUUCCGGAAACUCGACCUCAACCAGGACGGCGUUAUCACCAUCGAGGAGUUCAUGGAGAGUUGUCUCAAGGACGAAGUGAUAACGCGCUCGCUGGCGAUGUUCGACGGGGACCUCUGAUCUCCGGAGGAUGAGGAGGCCGACCGGAGCGCGGAGGGUAGCCCAUCGGCCCUCGGUGCCACCUCCGCCUGCGCCGGCGCCUCCUCGGCCACGUCGACCCUGGCGACCACGACGACACCCGGCGCGGCCAACGACCCCACGAGGCAACCCCCCGCGCCAACCAACCCCCUGCAAAGGAGCCGCGGCGCCCCGAGCGACGUCCUCUCGGCCACCGCCACCUGGUCGACUUUUUCCUCGUCCUCGCCCUCGCCGCCCCCCUACCACGAGCUAAGGCGCGUCACUACCAGCGUCACCAGCACCGUCGCCGCCAACGCACCCGCACCCCCCGCCCCCGGCACCAGCUCCAACGGCUCAAGGCCCGACUACUCCACCUCGUCCCUACUGUGCUAGACGACCACGUGCGACUGACGCCUAUACAUUUGUAUAAUAUUUACGAUGUGCGCGCUCCUCGAACAACCGUGUUGGACAACUUUUUUUUCUUUUUUUUUUUUUUUUCCUCUUGGGCUCGAGUGAAUGAGCCUGGCACCUAUACUUCAUUUGUAUAAAUGAUCAUCCAAAACGCGAGUUAAAACCAAUGCGACGGAACACACGAGCAUACAACGUGUACAUAACUCAUAUAGGAGCACACAAUUUUAUUGUCUUCCCGGGGGUGCGCGAUGGUACAAAGUACAACUUGGGCGUGUAUGUAAAAGACACACACACACACAACACACACAGCGAAACCGAAUGGAAAAAAGAAAAAGAAAAAAGGGACAUUUUUCGUUUUUGUAAAUAAGAUUAAAAACGCGAUACGAACAAAUACAAACAGCGGCGAACGAGUGACGACUAUAUGAUAAUAUUAUUGUAUUGUACUUAUACCUCUGUGUACUGUGUAUACCGUUACAAUAUAUUGUGGUGACUUGGAAGGUGUGGGCGUGACAUGAAUAUAUCCAAAAAAGCAUACACAUGUGGAGAUGUUCGCGAAGAGUGCGUGUAUCGGUCGGUCAGGAGUUUGAAAGGCAGUCAUUGAUAAGGAGCGAGUAAAAAAAAAAUCAUAGGAAAUUGUAAGAGAGGAUGUACACAUCCAUGAGUGUAGCUGCAGCACUUGCGAUAACGGGGGACGAGGAGCCUGUUAUUGAUGUUGUUGUUGUUGUUGUUAUUGUUGUUGUUGUUGUUGUUGUUGUUGUUGUAUGACCCGAGUAUGUUGAUACAUGACAUAUGUGCCAAAUCGUUUUAGGAGUUAUUAAGUAAGAGUUAAAAUUAUCGAUGCUAAACGACAAUUGUUAAAGUAAAGAAUUUUAAUGAAAAA